AUCCGUCAGACGGCGUUGGCAAUCAAUAAAAAUGGCCGUCUCUUGUUCUUUUUUAAAUUAGUAUAAUUUUUUUUUACUCCAGUAAAUGUUACCUUGUCACUGACAAUUAAUAACAAUUAAUAAUAAUUAACGACUAUUCAUUAGUAAUAACAAUAAUUAGUGCCAUGACAAGUGAUUUUAUUCAUUACAACUUAAAUGACAGCUAGUAUUUUACCGAAAGUGUAUUGACUAGUAAUAAAUAUCUAUAGAUGCACGUGAUUUGAUUAAUUGCAUCUUGAUAAUUACUGAUAUUUAUAAAUUAAUAAAAUAAAAUGGCAUCGGCAGCUGAGCAACAACAAACGACACUGGAAUUUUAUCAAGCGAUGGCUGAUUUCAAAAAUAUGUUUCCUCAAAUGGAUGAUGAUGUCAUCGAAGCCGUGCUGAGGUCGAACCAGGGAGCGGUUGACACGACUAUCGAUCAGCUGCUGGCAAUGAGCACCGACAAUGAGAACGAAAAGAUCCGCAGCGAACUGGAACAAAGUGACGGUUCCGCAGACUCAUCACCCAAAGCUGCCGUUCACCAGGAAGUUCUCGUUGGUGUCGACGCCCCUGACGCAAAGCAAUCAAAGAACACCAACAAGUGGAAGCCUCCACUGCUGGGACCGCUGCCGGAUUCCUUUCUCAGAAUUCCCCAGCAGAUUCUCGAAGACGCGCAUGACCCCGUGGCUCAAGAGAAUUCUCUGCUGGAGGACGAGAGGAUCGCCAUGUUUUUACAGAAUGAGGAAUUCAUGAGUGAGCUGAGAUGGAAUGAAGACUUUUUAAAUACUCUGGAGCAUGAUUCAAAGUUACAUGGAUCCGAAAAAUGCAGCGGAACAGACGAAGAUUUAUUCAGGGAACGUUUAAAAAAUAUGGGAAAAGUAUCGCGACGUAAAUUUGCUCAACUGACUAAAGUAUUUACGCGAACUAAGAAACGCGGCGGACGUCAAUUAUUACCCCCGACGGCAUCCUGUGACGAUCUUCUGGACCCUGAGGACUCGAGGUCUCAAAGUUAAAUCACUGAAAUCCAACAGGCGGCUAGUGCAAUAAAAAAAACGUCUAGCUCUAGCUCUGACAGACUCGAGACUCCGAGUCGUCUCCAGAGCAAAUUCGUUCAUUAUAUAUUUAAAAUAUAAUAAUUGAAGUAGAUAAAUUGAGGUAAAAUCCAAACGGUUAUUUAGUUUUAGCACUUGAGAGACUGAAUCAAUUGGCAUUUUUUUUCUCCGGCUCGUUGAUUUUUAUUUUAUUUUUUAAUCGUAAUCGUACAAAUAUUUAGACUGAGUUAUGUAUACUAUUGUUAUUAUUUUUUUUUUUAUUCAGUGAUAUAUCAGCACCCUAGUCAUGUUAGUCAUUAAUCAUUGUGAUUUAUUUGUAAUUAUUACGCCAUUUUUUUUUUAGAUGGAAACUUUUGUUGGUCAUAAAAAAAGUUGAAACACUUUUUAAUUUUUUUUAAUUUACGUAGAGGACACGGGGUGUAGUGGGCCCCUAGAUUAUUUUUUUUAUGACAAAGUGGCAAUUCUGCCCGCCAAAAAUCUAAAAUCAAAAUUUUUUUAAUUGCUGGGUGAUGAAAAAUUUUCUUGCGAUUAAUGUAAAGUGAAAGCAAUAAAAUUUUUUUAAUUUUUUUAGAGGCUUGAGUAGAUUCCAAUAUUUUAUUAAUUAAUUAAAAAAUUUAAGUAACAUUUUUUAUGACCAAAGAUAAUCUUGAAUUUUUAUCAUCUACUUAAAGCUUAAUUGUGAUUCUUAAUUAAUUUAAAUUAAAAAAAAAAUAAAUCAAUAUGAAACAAGUUUAUCUUUUAUGAAAACAAUAAAUGUAUUUAAAAACCAUUAAAAUAA